AUGGAUCCAACAGGCAGUCGCGAUGAGGACGCCAUGGCGGAGGGGGUUCCCAAGGGGAGGGUUCUGUUGCACGGCGGCUGCAUAUGCCGUAGAUUAAGGCUGGCUCCUCCUCGUCGUGAUGCUGCUCCUCUGCCGCCUUUCUCCCUUCACGCCCAAUCGCUUGAGCCUGACCUGAUCCGCUCAUCGCAUUCACACAUCAACAAACGAAGAACCACUCACACUCGCACGUCCACACAAUCAGCCCCGACAAUUCAAACCCCAGUGGCUUCCCACGCCAAAGCCGUGGCGUCCUCCGCCGCAGCGCCGUCCUCCCCGCCCCCCUUUACGUCCCAUACUCCCAACGGUAAUGAAGCUCAAGCAAGUCGCGCGGCCGCUUCUUCAGCCCUGCACCCGCGCGUGGCCGUCAUCUUGGGAGUCGACCGCAGAUGGUAUGUGCCUCUGCUGGUCUGCCGCGCACUAAGCACGGCUCCUGCCGCAUGGUGGGGGCUGCGGUGCGCGUUUACUUUCCUGGCGGAAUUGCUUCAUAUUCAGCCAGGGAUGGGACAUGAGGGGUGGGCGACGGCGAUUAUUGGGAGUAUUGGGCAGGAUUGGGAUGUUGAGAGGAGGUUUAGGGUGACGGAGGUGGCUUUGGCUAUCAUGUGGUGCUGUGCAUCCGCAUAUCUUUCGUAUUUCUUUGCUGAUUGCAUGAUGUCUCGAUGGCUUCUCAACUACACCCCACCAGCUGUGGUAAUUCGUCUCCUUACAACAAACGGCCUGAUUGCAUACAUUACUUCCUGGGUUCUCUAUCUCUCCGGCGCUUCCUCCGACCCACGUCUUCUACUUCCAGCGUGGAUAACAAUUACAACGACCCUAACAUUCAUCUACCACGCGACCCAAAACCAUGCCACGAUCAAACGCGAAACGACCGCUUCCGUCCUCGUCGUCUCCGUCGCUAGUUUCGUCAGCAUGUCCUCGCUUCUCUUGCAAUUGCAUCUGACUCGUGAAAACGAACCGGAGGUGCCUGUUUUUGUGAUUUCGCGUAAGUUGUGGGACUAUGCGGUUGCUAUCUUAUUUCGGAUGCGGGUUGCGGAUGGUAGGGCUGUGGAGAGAGAGCUGUAG